UCCAUCUUUGCUAGCGGAACAGCUGGAGGAUUGAGGCUGAAGCUAGACUUGAAGGGGUACCUGGAAGGGGAGAAGCCCAACCCACAGUUUUCUGUAGGAAAAACACACCUGAGUGAUCACCUCUGUAAGAAAAUGGAGGGGCCAGACACCACAGCAGAGAAGGCACCAGAGGGGACAGCAAAAGCCCCUCACAUCCUCCAGGCUGGGAAUAUUGAGGAAUUCCUUCGAAGGAGACAAGGUGAUCCGAUGCAUCAGCAAGCAGGGGAGGGUUUCGUCUCCCUUGCGCAAUGGGAAGCCCUGUGGCAGGAGUUCCUCAGGACAGUGGAGAACCCGCACUCUGGAUGGGGAAGCCCACAUUUGCCAGGGAAACCUUCACCCUGGGAGGAUGCCAAGGGCUUUCUUGCCUCCUUCGAGCAAGUGGCUGAAGCCUGUCAGUGGCCCAGAGAAGAGUGGGUGACCCAUCUCCUGCCAGCCCUCAGUGGAAAAACCGAGCAAGCCUUUAACAGUGUGGAUGUCAGAGACAGAGAGGAUUAUGGGAAAGUGAAGGCAGCCAUCUUGCGAGAGGACACCCUGAGCCGAGAGAAGCAGCGUGAAGCAUUCAGGUUUUUCAGAUACCAGGAGGCCGAGGGCCCACGGGGGGCUUACACUCGACUCCAGGAAAUGUGCCGUGGGUGGCUGAGAGUGGAGAAUCACAGCAAGGAGCAGAUCCUGGAGCUCUUGAUCCUGGAGCAGCUGCUGACUGUCCUGCCCCCGGAGAUCCAGAGCAGAGUGAAGGAAAGCAACCCUGAGAGCUGCUCCCAGGCAGUGGACCUGGCCGAAGAGUUGCUCGUAAGGCAGCAAGAGGCUGAGAGGCAGGAGCCUUUGGAGGAAAUUCCCGGGAGCGUCUCCGAGACAGGCCAGGGUUCGCUGGAGAUUGAGCAGAGGCAGCUGUCAGUGGGCAUCAUGGAAGAGGAGAACGGAGAGGCCAGCCUGCUGGCAGGAGAUAUAGAGGAGAUAGCAAGAGGAUUCCAGGGGCUCCCAUCCGAAAAAAACAAGAAUUCAGAGGCCGAAGGAAACUUCAGAGAUCAAGAUAGACCUCAGAGGCAGGAGGGAAGUCAUGCAGAGAAGAUUAGAGAUAAAUGCAUUACUUAUAAAGAAGAGAGAUUCUGUGAAAUCCCAGUCCAAGUGGAAAAAUCAACCAAAAAAAGAAGGAACGAAGGCUUCUGUGCUAACCAGAGGAUCCGCUCCAGGGAAAUGAAAAACAAAAUUGCAGCUUUUGGAAAAAUCUUCGUUCAGAAAACGAAUGUUGUUUCCCGGGAACAAAUUCCCUUAGGAGAGAAACCAUAUAACUGCUUGGAGGGUGGAAAGAGCUUCACUUGGAAAAUGGCCCUUACUUCACAUCAAAGAAUUAACUCUGGAGGGAAUGGUCAGGAGAAUGAGGAGGAAGAGGAACUGCAUCAGCUGUCAGCAGAUAAAGCCAAGAACCAAGAGUUCAAAGGAAACUUCAGGAAUCAAGGUAGACCAAAGAACAAGAAACGAAGCCACAUGGUCAAGAAGGAUGAACCCAUUCCUUGCCAAGGAGGGGAUAUCUGUGCAGGAGUUCACAUGGCUGAGGAAACUUACAAGUGCUCAAAGUGUGGAAUGAACUUCUCAGAUCAAACUCAAUAUAAUAUUCAUUUGCGAAAGCACAAUGGAAAGAAGACCCAUAAAUGCUUGGAGUGUGGAAAGAGCUUUAGACUCAGAUCAGUGCUCCUUGCGCACCAAAGAAACCACACACGAGGAAAACCAUUUGAAUGCUCAGAUUGUGGAAAGAACUUCAGACUCAGAUCAGAGCUCUUUGUACACCAAAGAACUCACACGAAGGAGAAACCGUUUGAAUGCUCAGAGUGUGGAAAGAGUUUUAGUUGGAGUGGUGAUCUUCAACGACAUCAAAGAACCCACACAGGGGAGAAACCUUUUGAAUGCUUGGAGUGUGGAAAGAAAUUCAGACAGGGUUGUCAUCUUCAACAGCAUCUAAGAACCCACACAGGGGAGAAACCUUUUAAAUGUUCCCAGUGUGGAAAGAAGUUCAGUCAGAGUACGCAUCUUCAACGGCAUCAAAGAACCCACACAGGGGAGAAACCUUUUGAAUGUUCAGUGUGUGAAAAGAGAUUCAGUAGGAGUUUCUGUCUUCAACGACAUCAGGGAGUUCACACAGGGGAGAAACGUUUCGAAUGCAUAGAGUGUGGAAAGAAAUUCAGUCAGAGUCACCAUCUUCAACAACAUCUAAAAAAGCAUAGUGGCGAGAAAUCUUUUGAAUGAUCAGUGUGAAAGAGAUUCAUUCGGAAAUCUAACCUUCAACUCCAUUAAAGAAUCAACAUGAGGAAAAACCAGAUUGCUACUUCGCUGUGACAAGAGCUCAUCUCGUAUUUCAUACCUUAAAAAAAAAACAGACUCCACACAGGUUUAAAACCAUAUAAACUCUUGGGAAAAAAUUUCAUCUGCACAGAUACCAUACCCUAACCGUAGAAACAAACAAAAAAUGAAAUGGAAGAAAUGGUAUAAAUGCUGAGAUUGUGGAAAGAGCUUUACCCGUGAUUGAAGCCUCAGUCAGAUCUCAAAGGGAAGAAAGCAACCGUGUUCUUGAUGGUGGAAGGAGCUUCAAGGCCCGCUCUGCCCUCUUUAACCGUCAAGGAAACCACAGGGGAGAAAUCUCGUAAAUGCUCAAUGUGUGGCAAGAGCUUGAGGCAGAGACCAGACCUUCGUUUUCGUCAGAGAACCUACCCAAGAGUGAAAUUUUCCUCUUGAACCAUCACACUAUAGUUGAUUUUGAUGAGGCUGUUGCCCAGGCAUCAAAGGCUCGGAAAGUAAUUACACAAAUAAGGGCUUUUUUAGGACUGCUUUUCUCUGUAAAACUCUUUGCUUAAGGAAACAUUUUUCUGAUAUCUGCAAAACUGGCAAAAACAUUCCCAUUUUACGAAUCCUGUGAAGAAAUAGUUGAGGAUAGCAGAUAUCUAAGCCUCUCUAUUAAUGAUAUAAAUGUAGCGUGAACAAAGGGCUUCCAUAACUUACAAACAACAAUUUAUCUGACAAGGAGUUCUAAAGAGACAUCUCCUAGCUCUAACCCACCCCCCUAGUCCAGCCUGCUGUGAGCUUUUCAGGGUCUCACCACUUGAAGUCCAAAGAGUUCUGGCAGUGGGGUUAACUUGGGUCGAAAGGAAAGCUUGUAGUUUCUCCCCCCCCUCAAGAACUCAGUAAGUUCAAAGGGGUCAGACACCCUAACAAGAUACAGUAUUGUGGAAAUGGGCAGGUAUCUUUGGAGUUGGCAAGCGAAUAUUGUGGGUCACGACCUCCCCAAUACCAGUUGGGCCCACCCCCAUAUUCUCCUAGAGAACAUCAGGAUAGAGAAGAAAAAUCUGCUGCUGCUCUGAACCCCCUUGGGCUCCGUCAGCCAGAAAUGAGCUAGUCUAAGCACUGGGGGAGGGGGCAAGCAUUCUCACCCAGUGAUUUAUGGAAGGGCCAGGAUUCCCUCACUUCUGACUCCUCACAGGCCCCUUGAAUUCCUCCAUGGAGACUGUACCUUUCUGGAGCAGGCUGAGGCAAUUCUCUUGUCAUCCCCCUCAUUUAGUUUGGAAAGGUAUCUAAGAGACGAAUUCCACGAGGAGGAGCACUUGAAGGGAGUCGCACAUCGCAAUGUGAGCUGGGAAGCUGAGUUAGAUUGGAAGGCUUUGUCAAUUUCCCCUCCCUAAAGAGCCAGGAAGAUAGAAGGUUUGUUUAUUUCCUCUUGGCCUCUUAGAAGAGGAGGUGAAACUGGCAGAGCCUUAGGGAGGCAAAGAGGAAAUUAACAAACCCUCUGAGCUCCAUAGAGAGGAGUGACAAAGCCUUCCCGUCUCUUUUAAAACUCAGCUUCCUGGCAAACAUUGCAACUCCCGUCACGUGCUCCUCCUCAUAUAAUUCGUCUCUAAGGUAGGGUUUCUACCAUCCGGAUCCUGCAUUUUCAUAGAGGCUCAAUGGGUGGAAAAGGGCUGUUGAAACUUUUUGUGACUUAGAGGUAAAUAACAUCCUGUUAAGCCUCUGUUAAAGGGGAAGGACCCCUUUUUUCCUCCAAGCGAAUCCUUAAUUGGGGGUUUCUUUAUCAAUUUGAGAAAACAAAACUCAGCUUAGGAAGGGUAAGAAGUUAGUGAAGAGAUUAAUAUUUUAUAAGAUACUUCAGAAUGUGUGUUUUCCUCUCUGUGCUUUUUGGCAUUUUAAUUAGUUGGAUUUAAUUAAGCAUUUAAAAGGAUAUUCCAGUGAAA